AUGGCAGCUGCCAUGGAUGAGCCAGAUGUAGCUAUACUCAGGACCAGAAACGCCAUGAAGUGUUGGUGCAACAGCAACUACUGCAGAUGGACCAAAUCCUCCUCUGGACUGGUGGAGGUGUUAUAUCAUAAGACGAUUACUUCUGUAAAUGACCCCGAAAAGGCUAUGAUUGAGACGUCCAUGAAAUCAUUUCACACAAGAACCUGUAUUCGAUUUGGUCUCUGGAGUGGCCAGUCAGACUACAUUGACAUUCAGAGUAAAAAACAGGACACCAACAAUCCAAAUACGCCAUAUGACAAUUCAUCUGUUGUGCAUGGCACACUUUUUAAGAGACCUGCCUUCUCAAUUGAGAAUGGGAAGGACACCAUCACUCCUAUUCCUAGCCCGUCUGUGAAAAUAGGAUGUUGA